AAGAAAAGAAGUGAAAAAUAAUUUAAAGGUCUAAAGUAUCCUAAAUAAAUAAAUAUAAAAUAAAAAUAUACAAAUAAAUAAAUAAAUAAACUACAAGAGGAAAUCAAGUAAUGUCGUCGUCGUUUUCUUCUACUUUAAAAUGUUCCAAUCAAUAUUUUUACAGUAAAUCAUGCUGUAUAGUAAAUGUAUAAAACUAAAAGAAAAAUUGUGUCACAGUUGACAAUUGGAUAUAAUACGGAUUAUCCUCAGUCAAUUUAAAAGCAUGCUGGGCGGUGUAGCAGGUCGACACAUGUCGAAUCGUCGACGUGGUUCAUCACCAAUGGUGCGCUUGAGCGGCACUGUACUAAAUGCUGGCAGUAUAGAUGGCAGUAUUGGUGGUGAGGGUGGUAGUGGAGGUAUGAAUUCUCCGUAUAUACCGAAAAUACCACCCAGACGUCGACGCGCCGUUACUACUAGUGAUCACAAAAGUUGUGCACUUAUACAAACUAGACUGAAAUUGGGCGAUAUCAUGUGA